UACAAGAGUAAGCAGCCAUACCCUUGUUCAGAGUGCGGGAAAUGUUUUUCACACAAAACUAGACUUUACAUAUAUCAGAGAUCUAACACAGGUGAAAAGCCAUAUGUUUAUCCUAAGUGCGGGAAAUACUUUUCAGUGAAGCUUAGUUUUCACACACAUCAGAGAUCUUACACGGGGGAGAAGUUGCAUACCUGUCUGGAGUGCGGGAAAUGUUUUUCAUAUAAGUCUAGACUUUAUAUAUAUCAGAGAUCUUACACAGGUGAAAAGCCAUAUGUCUGUCUUGAGUGCGGGAAAUACUUUUCAGUGAAGGCCAGUCUUCACACACAUCAGAGAUCUUACACGGAGGAGAAGUUGUAUACCUGUUCGGAGUGCGGGAAAUGUUUUUCAGAGAAGCCCUUUUCUUCAUAUAUGACAGAGAUCUCAUACGGGGAAAAAGCCGUAUUGGGGACAAGAGGGUGA